GUUUGUCAGAAUUCAGAAUAUCAAUUCUCAAGUCGUGCUUUAUUAUAAAUAAUUAAGAUUUAUUAUAAUAAAGCCCAGAUUCCUCAAUUUUCUUACUUAAUUUCGCAAUAACAUCGCGUUUGGCUCUAUGGCCGAGAAGAAGGAGGCUAUGGAAACCCAUGGAGAGGAAAACUGUUCUCUCUCCAUCGAGUUUGAGGUUAUGGCGGUUUUUAAUAGGUUAUGUCCAUGGUCGCGAUGAACGUAAACAAGCUGCUAUCCGCACCGAUCAGGGAGGUCAGUCGGCGAAUCUACGAGGGCACGGCUCGUCCGUCUGACAUCUGCGAGGCAUCUGUCAAAUUGGCCUCGCUCGUCAAACCCCUGAACGCUUACAUCACCGUGACGAGCGACGUCGCGGGCGAGCAAGCGAGCGAUGCCGACGCGAGGCAACGACUGGGCUCCCUGCUGGGACAGCUCGACGGCAUCCCCGUCGCCGUCAAGGACAACUACUGCGUCGCGGGCGCGCCCGCGACCUGCGCGUCGCGGAUGCUGGCCGACUUCUCCCCCGGUUACGACGCCACGGUCUACGAGAGGCUCAGAAAGCAAGGGGCCGUCCUCAUCGGCAAGACUAAUCUCGACGAGUUCGCCAUGGGCUCCGGCACGGUGGAUUCCUUUUACGGCCCGACCAAGAAUUUGUGGGGCUCGGAUGUGCUCUCGCAGUUUUACGAGUCGAAUGGCUCGUCGAUCGCAGAAUGGAAGCUACGCAACAAAGAUGCGUGGUGCAUAGCAGGUGGCAGCAGUGGAGGUUCUGCAGUUGCGGUAGCCACGGGUACUUGUUACGCAGCAUUGGGCUCUGAUACUGGUGGUUCUACUCGCAAUCCUGCGUCUUAUUGUGGUCUAAUUGGCUUAAAGCCAACCUAUGGUUUAGUGUCACGUUACGGCCUGAUCCCGUUGCUGAAUUCGAUGGAUGUGCCUGGCAUUCUGGCGAGAACAGUAGACGAUACUGUAUUAAUUUUGAACGCCAUAGCCGGGCCUGAUCCGGCAGAUUCCACCACUGUACAAAGGGAAUACGUGCCGAUCAACUUACCUAAAACGAUAGACGUUAGUAACCUCAGGAUCGGGAUACCAAAGGAAUACGGAGUGCAAGGCAUAAGCGAGGAGGUCCAGGCGUGUUGGAACGAGGUCUCUCGUCAUCUGGAAGAAGCUGGAGCUAAUAUCGUCCCGGUGUCUUUACCGCACACCGACUACUCCAUCGUAUGUUACUCCGUUUUGAAUCGAUGCGACGUAGCCAGCAACUUGGCCUGUUACGACGGGAUAGAAUACGGUCACAGGGCCGACGAGUGCGGCUCCGCUCACGAGUUGUACAAGAGAACCAGGUCGGAAGGCUUUAACGACGUGGUGAAAGGUCGUAUACUGGUCGGGAAUUACUUUCUCCUGGCGGAGAAUUACAAGGAGUAUUACGUCAAGGCGAUGAAGAUGCGUAGAUUAAUUGCGCAGGACUUUGACGUUGUGUGGAACGGUAAUAUAGAUCUUCUGCUGACCCCGACCACGUUAACCGAGGCGCCGACUUACGACGAGUUUACGCAGCUGGACAAUCAGACGCAAUGCUUAAUUCAGGAUCACUGUACGCAACCCGCCAAUAUGGCCGGUUUGCCUGCAAUUAAUGUGCCUAUCAAGCUCUCUCGAAGAGGUCUACCUUUGUCCUUGCAAUUAAUGGCGCCACUCUUUCACGAACAGAGGCUACUCACCGUGGCAAAGUGGAUCGAGCAGAUCGUGCGAUUCCCAAGACUCGAACUGAAAAAUUCAUGUUUAUUAGAUUAAAGUAGAUUUUUCUAAACGUCAUAGGUAUAUACAGGGUGUCCGAUAGGAAAUUAUUGAAAUUAGCUGUCAGUUUUUAAUGCAUGCUGUUACUGAGAAAACAAAAAUUGUGUUGGCAAGUGGAAAGUGUACACUUUUUAAUAGAUAUAACUAAAAUGUUUGUAUACUAGUUUAUUUUACUGAUAAAAAGUAAUAAAAAAAA